AUGUCCCUGAAAACCUUUUACAUGUAUUCGCGUCAUCUCCGCUUCGACGACCGCGCCACGAGAGGCACACGGCGCUCCACGGAUAAGCUCGCCGCCAUACGCCGGGUCUGGGACCUGUGGGCGGCUCAGCUUCCGCACUUGUAUAAUCCGGGACGAAACGUGACCGUGGAUGAGCAACUGGUUCGGUUCAGAGGAAGAUGUACUUUUCGCCAAUACAUGCCAAACAAACCGGCAAAGUACAGCUUCAAAACUUGGGUUGCGUGUGACACAAGAUCUAGCUACGCCUGGAAAAUGCAAAUCUACACUGGCAGCAAGAACAGGCCUGCUGAUUGUGGAAGGACUACAAACACCGAGACCACCGCCAAGAGCAGCAGCGGCAACAACAACAACAACAGUAGAAAUACUAAUUUAGCCAUGCAGGUGGUCUUGGAUUUGACUGAGGGACUCGGUGGGGAACGCACUGUAACUUGUGACAAUUUUUUCACCUCCUACGAGUUAGCACGAAGGCUCUUUCUCGAGCGGGACCUGACUUUGGUCGGCACUGUUCGCAAAAAUAAGCCCUGGCUGCCGCAGGUGUUCCUCCUAGCCCAGUUGCAGCGGCAGCGGUCACGGUUGCGGCAGCAGCGGCAGAAGAAGAAGAAGAAACUCCUGUGGAACGUGGAGCAGCAGCAGCAGCAGAAGAAGAAGAAGAUGCACCGAUAG